AAGCAACAUUUACACCAUAUAUACGGCAAUAUAUAUGGUAGCCCUAGACUCUAGCUGAUUUUUUCAGUUUAUUUUAUAGUUCCCGAGUACAAAACGUAUUUUAAAUAUUUGUGGGCCAUUUUUCUUGUUUUUAAUCUCUGAAAGAUAAACAGUGAUAUGAAUGCAAUUAUGUCGGGGUCGGCGAGGAUUGUAACACGUGGAUCGAGUAUGCUGCGAAAUGUUAUGUUUUACAAGAACAAAGCUAGUUUACUUUGCAGUGGGCUUCGUAGUUUUUCCUCAGAGACGGAAAAUGAAGCAGAUGAAUUUAAAUUUGAGACUUUGAGUGGUGAUUUGGAAGGUAUUGCAGUUUUUUCAAUGAACAAACCUAGUACAAGAAAUGCUAUUAGCAGGAACUUUUUAACCCAGUUUCAAAAUGCUUUGGAUGCUGUGAAAUUUGACAAGAAUCUUCGAGUAUUUAUAUUAAAGAGUGAUGUACCAGGUGCAUUUUGUGCUGGUGCAGAUCUCAAAGAAAGGCGAAAAAUGAAAAUGGAGGAUGUAGGGAGGUUUGUUUCCACAGGAAGAAACUUGAUUGCAAACUUACAUGAUCUACCAGUACCAACCAUUGCAGCAAUUGAUGGUGUAGCAUUAGGAGGUGGUCUGGAAAUUGCUUUAGCUUGUGACAUGAGAGUUGCAGGAAGAAUGUCAAAAAUUGGUCUGGUCGAAACACGUUUGGCUAUUAUUCCUGGAGGAGGUGGUACCCAACGUCUACCAAGGCUGGUGGGAAUUUCAAAGGCAAAAGAACUGAUAUUUACAGCCAGAAUAUUAAAUGGUGAAGAAUCUGAACGAAUUGGCUUGGCCAAUUAUGUUGUUGAUGAGAACCAAGCAUAUAACAAAGCUUUAGAGUUAGCAAAAGAAAUAUUGCCACAAGGGCCGAUUGCUUUGAAAAUGGCCAAGAAUGCAAUUAACAGAGGCAUGGAGGUUGAUUUGAUAUCUGGUAUGAGCUUUGAAGAAGCCUCUUACGCACAGGUGAUACCAACAAAAGACAGAUUAGAAGGACUACAGGCAUUUAAAGAGAAACGAAAACCAGUGUAUCGUGGUGAAUAAAGAUCAAUGGAAGCCUUGAAGCAUCGUCACUUUGAAUGCCUGAAGAAUAAAA